AAUAAUCUUAAGUGUACUACAAAUACAAGAAAAUGAAAUAGCUUUUUGGAAAAUCAAAAACAUUAAUGUAAAUUGCUAAAUUAAAAUUUGAUUUCAGACAGAUAAUAUUGAUAAAUCAUAAUACAAACCAGGGUCUCAUUUCGUUAUUAAAGGACUGUAAGGUUAAGAUGAAAAUAUGAAGAAAAAAUAUACUCCUAUUGAACCUUUUGGUAAUUUAAACUACUUCGAUACUCUAAUUAAGAUAUAUCGCCCUAAUGAAAAUUCUAAGUUUCCUUAAGGAGGAGAACUAACUCCAAGAUUAGAAAAUCUAUAAUUAGGAGAGAAUAUUUUAGUAACAGGUCCAUUAAUUUCUAUCUUUUAUGAAGGACAAGGAAAAUUUAAUAUUUAAAGAUUUAAACAAGAAGUGGAUAAAGAUAGUACAUAAAUAAUUAAACCUAGUCAUAUGCUGUUUAUCGCUGGUGGAACAGGUAUUGCCCCAAUUUACUCAAUGAUAUAAGAAAUGAUAAAAGAAGGCAAUACUUCUACAAAAGUAACUUUAUUAUAUGGAAAUAAAUCUAUAGAUGAUAUAAUCUUGAAAAAAGAGUUAGAUGGCUUUGCAUAAUAAAAUAAAAACUUGUAGAUAGUCUAUGCAGUAGAUUCAAUUAAGAAAAAUGAUUAAUGGAAUGGAGAAGUUGGAGUUAUCAACAAGGAGAUGAUUUAAAAAUAUGCAAAAGACUCAAAUAAUCCAGAAAAUUAUAUAAUGAUUUGUGGUAACACAGAAAUGAAUAAAGCCUGUUUAAAAAUAGCAAAAGAAUUAGGAUUUGAUCCUUAUCACUAUUUUAGAUUUUGAAUUAGUAUUUGUAUUGAAUAUAAUAUGAUAGUAAAUAAAAUGAUUAAAAAUAUAUUUUAAAUAAGCUAAUUAGUUUAACUAUGCAUCAAUCCAUACAUUUUUGUAGAUUGUUUCUAAUUUUAAUUUCUUAAUCAUUCCGAUAUUAAUUUAAAAUAAAUAUAACUUACGAA